UGCCGCGGACUGAGAUGCAGUAUGCCUUGUUAACCAACCUUCACAAGAGCAGUUUAUGUACAAGACAUGAGGUUCUCAGUUCAGCAGAGAGCGCGAGGAAUGGUCCCUACACGUGUGAAUUCCAGAACGCUCAUUAUGAAUUUGUAUGACUUUUCUUUACAGUUAAGAUGAUACAAACGGUUAACCCAGACACACAAUGCAUUUAACAAUGCAUUUGAAAUAGAAAACUAAAAUGACUGUCGUUACAGCAGGGGGACAAACUAGAUAAGCGGUUACGGUGUUCGCAUUUACAACAUGAUGCUGUAUGCGUAUUGUGGAGUCCACAUGCUUCUACGAGCAACUUCUUUACACCUAAUAGUCACAGCUGGAGUGCUUGUAAUGCUUGAAAACACAUGUGGAUUUGUUCAAGGAUCAGAUGCUCCUCAAGACCUUCCUGGAUAUGAAGUGGUGCACCCUCUCCGGGUGGAUUUGCAUGGUCACUUCCUGUCCAGCGCGGUGUCCUAUCACGUGGGCCGCAUCCAGCGGCGAGAGGCUCAGGCGGCCGGGAAACUGGCCCAGGUUUUCUAUCGUCUGCAGUACGGCGGACACGAUUUGCACUUUAACAUGACUCUAAAUCCCAACCUCAUCGCCCCGGGAUUUGUCACAGAAAAACGCACGGGUGGCCUGCGGGGUUCGAAACUCCAGCGACCGCGUCACCACCUCUGCCACUUCCUUGGCAAGGUGUCGGAGGGGUCUGCCCUGCAGGGCCAAGCUGCUCUCAGUACCUGUGACGGACUGACAGGCCUCUUUAAACUGGCGGGGGAAGAAUUCUUCAUCAGGCCACUGGAACAUGCUCAGGGAGAGCGAGCUGGAGAGCAGGCGUCGUCGCAGCAGCAGCAUCAGCAGCAGUAUCAGCAGCAUCAGCAGGCUCACGUUAUUUAUAAGCGUCUUGUUUCUCAAGUGGAGCACGGGCAGCCGGCGGCGCUCUCCAGCGGACCUCCCGCAGCGCUCAACGGCUCCUGUGGCUUCAAAGACGAAGCCAAGGCGCCAGAGCACUGGGAGAGGCAGCGGGAGCGCUGGGAACGCCGUCAGCGGCACCAUCAUGGCAGCAGCAGCAGCAGCAGCCGGAGGAGGAUCCAUCAGCGCUCCAUCAGCCGGGAGAGGUGGGUGGAGACGCUGGUGGUGGCCGAGCCCAAAAUGGUGGAGUACCACGGCAGCGAGGGCGUGGAGAGCUACAUCUUGGCCGUCAUGAACAUCGUUGCAGGUUUGUUUCGAGAUGCCAGCAUAGGUAAUGCCAUAAACAUAGCAGUCGUCCGCAUUAUUUUACUGGAAAAAGACGAGGAGGAACUGAAGCUCUCCCACCAUGCAGACAACAGUCUUAACAGCUUUUGCAAGUGGCAGAAAGGGCUUAACUUGAAAGGGGAUGAGCAUCCUGUCCACCAUGAUGUUGCCAUCUUACUUACCAGGAAGGACAUUUGUGCCUCGAUCAAUAGGCCCUGUGAGACGCUGGGCCUGUCACACGUGGCGGGGAUGUGCCAGCCUCACCGCAGCUGCAGCAUCAGCGAGGACACUGGCCUGCCGGUGGCCUUCACGGUGGCACACGAGCUCGGACACAACUUUGGCAUCCAGCACGAUGGCAAUGGUAACGAAUGUGAGCCAAUAGGCAAGAGGCCCUUCAUCAUGUCCCCUCAGCUGCUCUACGGCACCUUCGCCCCCAGCUGGUCCCGAUGCAGCCGCCAGUACAUCACCCGCUUCCUCGAUCGAGGUUGGGGCUGGUGCUUGGAUGACCCACCGGUGCGAGAUGAGCUGUCCCAACACGCGCUGCUGCCAGGUGUCCUGUACAGCGCCGUCCACCAGUGCCAACUCCAGUACGGCUCCAGCUCUCUCCUCUGCGAUGACGUAGAUAAUGUGUGCAGCACUCUGUGGUGCACCGUGGGAAACACCUGCCACUCCAAACUGGAUGGAGCUGUGGACGGCACCAAGUGCGGCGAGGGGAAGUGGUGCUUUGGUGGUGAGUGCAUCGCCAUAGGAGAUCAACCCGAGAAGGUGAACGGUGGCUGGGAGUCCUGGGGAAAGUGGUCGGACUGCUCGCGGACAUGUGGGCUCGGCGUGCAGAGCGCCCAGAGAGACUGCAUCAACCCAGCGCCCCAGCAUGGAGGACGCUACUGCCUGGGGGAGCGGCGUCGCUACAAGGUCUGCAACACCAGCCCCUGCCCCUCGAAUGUGCCCAGCUUCAGGCACAUCCAGUGCAGCAACUUUAACACCAUGCCUUAUAAGGGCAAGUUCUACCAAUGGGUUCAUGUUAACAACAAAGUGAAUCCCUGCGAGCUGCAUUGCCGGCCCUUGAAAGAGUACUUCAGCGAGAAGCUCCUGGAUGCUGUCAUUGAUGGAACCCAGUGCUAUGAGGGGAGUGAGAGCCGAGAUAUUUGCAUCAACGGCAUCUGCAAGAACGUUGGCUGUGAUUUUGAAAUCGACUCGAAUGCGGUGGAGGACCGCUGUGGAGUGUGUCAGGGCAAUGGCUCCACCUGCGAGACGGUGAAGAAGACCUUUGACAAGACAGAGGGACUAGGCUAUGUGGACAUUGACGUGAUUCCAGUGGGAGCGCGGGACAUCCGCAUCGAGGAGGUGGCGGAGGCCGGGAAUUUCCUGGCCCUGCGCAGCAGUGACCCCAGGAAGUACUUCCUGAACGGCGGCUGGACCAUCCAGUGGAACGGGGAGUACAAGGCGGGGGGCACCAUCUUCACCUAUGAGAGGACCGGUCACCUGGAAAACCUGACCUCCCCUGGACCCACCAUGGAGCCUGUCUGGAUACAGUUGCUGUUCCAGGAGACCAACCCGGGCGUGCGUUUCGAAUACACCAUCAGUAGAGACUUCAGCUCAGAGGCCAACAGCAGCUUUGCCAUCUCAGACUUCGAGUGGCAGUAUGGCUCCUGGACCGAGUGCAGCGCCACUUGUGGGACAGGUGUCCAGCGUCAGAUUGUGCACUGUGUGGAGCGGAGCACGGGGAUCGUGGAGGACCAGUACUGCGACACGUCCACUCGACCCGAUGAUAAACGCGCCAGCUGCAACGAGGAGAUAUGUCCGGCCAUUUGGUGGGUGGGCGAGUGGCAGCGGUGCUCAGCGAGCUGUGGCGGCUCUGGGCUGUCCAAGAGGAGUGUGCUGUGCAUCCAGAGUGUUGGGCAGGAGGAGCAGCGAGCCCUGCAGCCCUCGGCCUGUCAGCACCUGGAGAGGCCCCCGGCCAUCACCCCCUGCAACACCGACAUUCCCUGCCCCGCCACCUGGGCCGCGGGGAACUGGUCAGAGUGCUCCGCCACCUGUGCGGGUGGUCUCCAGAGUCGGGAGGUGAUAUGCUCAUGGGACACGGGUGUUGAUUGCGACCCGGCACAGAAACCCAGCACUGUCAUGUCAUGCAUCGUUCAAGACUGUCCCACCAACGAGGACUUGCUGGGUGGAGACUGGUCAGGAAGUGGCUCCUCAAGUAAAGAGCUUUUCAACGAAAUCAACUCCAUACCGGACGAUAAUCAUCUGCCUGCGUUUGACACGGCAUCAACAAAGGCACAGCCAAGAGCAAACACUAACCCUAAUAAUCACAUAGAAGAAGAUCUCAUAUACUCAAAUUACAUUGAUAAAUCUUCAGACAAUAUCAUUAAAAACAAUGUACCUGUCGAUGACUUUUACUAUGAUUACAACUUCAUUAACUUCCAUGAAGAUCUGUCAUCUGAGGAUGAAUAUGAAGGACAAAAUGUUCUGGAUAACUCAGGAACCCGGGAACCAAAGCCAAGAUCCACCACUGUCGGUACUGGUCAGAACAACAAACUCAUUACGAGUGCCCCUCAAACUACCUCAACAACACUGAUCUCAAACAUUGAAGAUGUCCUUGGCACAACAACCACAUCCCCAGACUCUGAGGAUGCAGAUGAAGGGUUUGAAGAUGAUGAGAAUGUUCCUGAAAAUCGUGACCUGUCAUGGUCAGAAGAUCAUUUGUUGCCCAUUUUAGCAACGGCUCCUCCCAAAUCAAACACACUCUUUUCUCAGCGAUUGAAGGAGGUUCCGAAAAACUUUGAGGGCACGGAAAGCCCUGAAGGCCUACCAGUUACCACUAGCUUGCCUGUGCUGCUGCCCUCCACAGACACAUCGAAGGAAAUCCACAGGUUACCUCAGGUUAAGAACUUCGACUCCACCAAUGCAAACAAUAACCGAGCCAGUGUGUAUGAAGAUAGUCUUCCAGACAUUUCAAAGGACUAUGAGGAGCCUCUUCUUGAAGGUCCAGAGGUCACCACAACCCUCGCGACCACCACCAGUCUUUACAAUGAAGAUAACUACCCAAUUUAUGAACCGUAUGAGGAAAGACAGGAGGGCUCUGAGGACAAGGAUGAGGACAUUGCUGGUGGUCCUGAGGAGUGGGAUGACUGGCAGCAGUCUCAGGAGAUCACAAGCUCCCCUCCACCUCAAAUGAAGAGUACCCAGGAGAGCUACGUGGAUACUACCUCACCUGUGUGGAGUGAUCCCUCUCAGGUGCUCACAACCACUAGUCCAUUGGCACAUGUAAAAACUCCACCUCACUUAGAGGAUGUGCCCUCCACUAAACUGGACGUAACAACUCACCACUUAGAGGAAGUGUCUUCAACUAAGGGUACUACCACUAAUGGAUACGAGAGUGUCUCAUCGACCACUGUACCAUAUCAUCGGGAAACCUGGGAAGUUUCAUCUCAGAAGCCUCUUUUUACAUCUUCAAAUCCCUCAUACAGGAUACGUCACCGCCCAGAGACAAACUCAGGGCCUCAAGCCACAACACUACCUCCUACAGCUCCAAACCAUCCUUCUCAAACCACGCCUGUUAAUGAAGAGAACUAUGAGCGGUGGUGGCUUGUCUCAACCCCUGCAGAGGGCAUUGCAACUAGUCCUGCAGUGCACACUGCCGUUUCCAGCGUGAAACAGACAGACUCGGAUGUUCUGAUCUCCACAGAGAAUGUGGGUGUAGUUGAUUACAAUGACGUUGUGAUCCCACCAUCAAUGAGGUCCAGUAGCACGGAUGCUAUGGCUACAGGAUCGCCCUCAACAGCCCAGUGGAGCAAACACACUGAUCCCACUACGACAGCUCAGCGCUCGGCCACAUCCCCACCACCAGUCCCUUCAGAACCAGCGACCUCCACCAAAAUGCAUAAGUGGCGCAUAGGAAAGUGGAGUUCGUGCUCCACCAGCUGUGGCCUUGGGGCAGUCUGGAGGAUAGUGCUCUGCAGCUCCGGCGUGGACUCCGACUGUGACCCCCAGAACAAGCCCAUUCCUGCCCGCCGCUGUUACCUGCGACCCUGCUCUGCCUGGAGGCUGGGCGAGUGGAGCAAGUGCUCGAGGAACUGCGGAGGAGGAGAGCGGGAGAGGGAAGUCCACUGUCAGGACACCCGAGACCAGCGAGGCCUCAGACCCUUCCACUGCCAAGCCAUCUCCCCCAGGCCCCCGAGCCGUGUCUCCUGCAACAUCCAGCCCUGUCUGGAAUGGUACUCCUCCUCCUGGGGCCAGUGCUCGGAGCUGUGUGGGGGAGGGGACCAGCAGCGGCUGGUCACCUGCCCAGAGUCGGGGAGGUGUGACGAGUCCCUCAAGCCUAAUCCCAUCCAGGCAUGCAACAGCCACCCCUGCGCACAGUGGGUCACAGGCUCCUGGGGUCAGUGCUCGGCGCCCUGCGGAGGGGGAGUCCAGAGACGUCUGGUCAAAUGUGUCAACAGCAAGGCAGAGGAGCAGCAGCAGCAGGAGGGGCAGGGGCAGGAGCAGGAGCAGGAGGCCCAGUGCGACCACGAACCCACCCCGGACAACACUCAGAAGUGCAACCAGCAAGAGUGUGACAGCUCCCCCACUGCUCAGGUGUGCGUGCGUGACCGCCUCACCUUCCGCUUCUGCCAGUCCCUGAGGUGGCUGGGCCGCUGCAGCCUGGCCACGGUGCGUGCUCAGUGCUGCAAGACCUGCGCCCAGUGGACGCAGAGCACGGACAAAAUUACCCACCGCCGCUGAGUGAAUGACAAAGACACAUACCGAGGAUGCAUCACAUGGCGGGAAAUGUAUGAACAGCUGUCCAUUCAGUGGACAUGUUUCAACCCAAACACCAUGCUGACAGCAGGACUUUUUGCAAGCAGACAUUCAGUGAGACGCCCACAUACAAGUACAGAUAAUCUUCACCGAAACGAGAAAAACAUUCAAACGUUUGAACAGACAGACAUACAGCACCAGCACACAGAUGCACUCUCGGGAAAGCAGCAGUAGCUGUGAAGAGGAGGCAGGAAGGAUAGAGUGAGAAGGCAAAGCAUUUAUCUGCUAUUGUGGGCCGAGUGCUGAUGUUGACGAUCAGGACCCCGUGGAGGGCCUCUGGGAGCCCAUUCUGUAUACUGUAUCACCCCCGCGCCCACACACCCCAGUUGCACUCACAAAAGAGAGGUGCCUUUUAGAUUCAACCAGACAUCUCAAAGAAUAGCAACAAAGAGGAUGUAUGUAUUAUUGAAACUGCUGGGCAGUGGGGGAAAGAAAACAUCGGUGCUCUGGAAUUAUUUUUACUGCCUUCCCUUUGGACAGGACAGUAGCAUUGUGACUGCCGUCACAUUUUGUGGUGCAUUGAAGACCUCUUCACUACACUCGGAAGCCUCUAUCAAUUUGUGCAAGUUUUUUGAAAAAAUAGUUGUAGAGAACUUUUUUAAAAGGUAUUCUUUGAAAACACUUUUUAAGUGCUCUUUUGGUCUGGCAGCAGUAAACAACAUGUGGUCUGGUUUACUGCAGUUAUGGCAUUAACGUGACAAGUGGCCUAAUUUAACAUGCCGUGAUACAUGGUAAAUACAGGAGUACUAUGUAUGUGCAGCCCUUAACAAUGCUUUCCUUGGAUUGCAGCUGAUGCCUACAUCAAAGUGGGAGACAAAAAACAGCAAUGGCAAAAUAGCAACAACAAGUAAAAAUACUCAAGAUAUUUUGAGAAUUGGUGCUUCAAACAAGAGCAGGUGCUAAAGCUCAGUCAGGUGUUGGCUGGCCAGUGCCUUUUUUAUACUUGAAUGUUGUUUUGUUGCUUUGUAAGUUUAAUGUAUAACAUUAGAUCAUAGCAAUAGCAUUGUGUACACUCAUACUGUACACAUAACUAAAAGUAAAUGGGACUGUGUAAAUGAUGUUACUCAUGUGAUAACUUGUUUUGCUCAUGUUAUUUUUAGUAUAAUGUUUUUGGUCAUUGUUUUUUGUUGUCAUUUUAACACAACAGUUAAGUUGUGCACAGAUUUCUGGUAUUAAUUUUAACCCCUGCUAAAAAGUGUAGAAAAUCUUUUAAUUCCCAAAUUGUGUAAUAUUUCUUGUAUGGAGACUUUGCAUUCAAUGUUUCGUUAUUCCCUCUUAGCUGCAGUCAUAUGCUGAUGUGAUUUGCAUACAGAAUUGAUUUCUUUACGUAAAUUUAACAUAAACCAAUAAAAAUGUUUUUUAUUACCUACAAAGUAGUUAUGCAAUACUAUGUCAGAAACAUGAUUUUCUAUUCUGCUUAUCCAGAUCUCAUGAGCACAAUAGGCUACCUCACCUCUACCCAUCUACAUUUUCAUGAGACAAAAGGCUAAUCUGUUGCAAUCAUGCAAGGCUGGGGAGUGAAGUGAGCGUGGGUGGUCUACAUAGAUCAGUGUUUCCCUCAGAGAAAAACCUAUUCACCGUUGUUUUGCUUUACCACCAAUUAAUGUAAUUAUGCAGGCUAAAUUGAACAAGGCGGAAAUCGAAUACCCAUUUCCACUUGUUAUUAACGGUGUAAAGUGGCGAGUGUGGAGGAAAGUGGUGUGUUACCGUAAAAUAGACCAACACAUAAAAUUACAGUACACAGUUCAAUUCAUCCGCACAGUUUGGGAAAUGGCCAUGGGGACAUAAUAGAAAUGGUGCAGUGUACUAUCCAUUUGUUCUGCACUGAAGCACAUGUAGCUCCUUCAGGGCUUGGUGUACAAGACAAGCAAGUGGCUCAGAUAAUGGCACAGGCAAGACACCAACCCCAAGAGAGCGCAUAUUAUGCAAUCAAGUGGAUGGAACACGUGCCCAGCCCCAGCCCCAGCCGCAAGACAGCCACAGUUUGAUGAGGGAAGAUAA